AUGACAGAUAAACUGGACUUUGAUCCUCUCAUGCUCAUGAGAGACGCAUUUCUUGGAAAGAAACAAAUCCUCCUUUUUAGUAGUGACCAACAACAACUAGAUCCAGACAAAUCCGAAGACUGGAAACGCCUCAACCAUCUAUCGAUCGAUCGACACUCAAUACCUAAAGAUUAUAAAACCUUCUUCAAAAAAGAGAAGUCAGGCCCGGCAUACACCAUCGCUAUAUUAUAUUAUACUUACGUAAAACGGAACAGUCAAUAUUCAUCCUACCUCAAAGAAUGCAGUUCACUUGGCUUCGACAAUCCUCUUUCAUACAUGGAUCGCAAAUCAUGGCUAGACUUUGUAAAUGGGACUGUUUCGACGCUUUCCAUAACAAAAGAGACAUCGCCGUCGUCAUCGACAAAAGUAGCAGAAGAUAAUAAGCAGAGAAAACCAGAAGCAGAGUCGUCACAGAAAAGUCAUAAACGUCCUCCAUCUUCGCCUACGCAUGAUCCCGAAGACGAGAAUUCAAAAAGACGAAAGAUAUUUCAAAAGAACCUAAAGUAUCUCGAAGCAGAGAUAUAUCCACAUGAAAUAACAGAUGGACAAUACGAAUUUAUGCACGCAAACAAACCGAUAGCACAUCUUGUACUCCCAUUCUUAGAAGAGCUCGCGCAAUCCAAGGGUGCCUCGCAAGUGUUUGUCGGCAGCAUAGCUGCCAAACUGCAAAAAUCCAAAGGCAAGGACCUUUCUCAUCGGCCGCGUGAACGAACGCAUAAAUCGUCUCGAAGUUAUCGUCGUUCUACUGGUCGGCCAAUAAUCCUUGUUCCUGCACUUCCGACAUCUCUUCUAAACAUUUGGAAUGUUCGACAAUUAUUAGAAGAAAAACAGUUUAUUGAUAGUGUUACAGCACGACAAGAGGCUGUGGAGGACGUUGCACCGGAGAAGAUAGGUAUAGUGCAUGAGGGACGAACAUAUGAGGUGGUUGAUAGACCGGAACAGUUUGGGCCGGAGGAUUGGGAUCGGGUGAUAUGUGUUGUUUGUAGCGGACACGAGUGGCAGUUUAGGAAUUGGAAGUGGGAGUCGCCAGAUGAAUUGUUUCAGCAUGUUAGGGGUAUUUACUUCAAAUGGAGUCAUGAGGCUUUGAAGGACGAGAUAAAGGCUUGGAGAGUUAUAACUGUCGAUGUAAGUGUUUUUAGAAAGGUAGUUGUAUGA